CUAGCCUACGUCAGUCAUUAUUAUAAACAUAGGCCUAGCUAGGGCCUAGGCUAGGCCUACUUCUACUAGCCUACUAGGCCUAGGCUAGUACUACUACUAGCCUACUAGGUCAUACUAUAUACUGUAAUUAUAGCUGCCUAGGUCUAAACUACUAGGGCAUACUGUAUUAUAGCUGCCUAGACUACAAGUAUGCAACUGGAGAAUGGUGAGUUUCCUAGCAAAGCAGGCGAUGUAACAAUGCUGCCGUUCGUCAAAUCAUCAUCUACGGUAUCCAGAGUACAAGAAAACAUGAGAGUGGAGCAACUAAAAAAACAUGGAUCCAUUGAAAGGCCACUAGCAAAAGAAGACAAUACAUUCUGGAAUGAUGGUUUAUCUAUGCCAAUGUUUCACAUUGAAGAAAAGAAGGGAGUGCUUUCUGGAAAAAUUGUAAGGAAACAUGGAAAUCCAUUAAAGCUAUCACCACCAUUUUGCGACUUUAAGAGAGAUCUUAUACAUCCCAGCAUGCUUAUCACACGGAAAAAGACAAGGAAAGAAAAGAAGCAGAGGAAACUGGGAUUCAAUAUUGAUGAACAUUUGGCCCAGUUAAAGAGGAAACAAUCACGAGUUGGCAGCAAUUUACCUAGGACAAAAGCUUUCUUCUCUGAGAGAAGUGUCAAUGUCACCAGAGAAAAACUCACCACACAGAUCAGAAUGCUAAUACCUGAUGAAACAGAAAGUACUCAUAAAAGCAUGGACAAAUCACAGGCACUACUUGAAGAGACCAAUGAAGCUGCACAAGACCAUUGUCAGAUUGAUGUUAAAUUCAAUGCUCCAGCUGAAAUAGAUGAAUUUACAAAUCCAUUUCUAAGGAAACCAAGAAUGAUGUAUCCAAUGAAUUUUAAGAAUGACAUUAGUACUGAAGAAGAAAACAAGUUAAAACAAAAUACCUUUGGAAAGUUUAUAGUUGAAGAGUAGCAGAUCAACCACCAGUCCACCAGUGGUAGAUGCAG